AUUAAUAGAGCCAACCACCUUGAUCACGCUUUCAAGAAACGAGUAAAGUAACAAGCUGGUCGGUGCAUAGAUCGUUUCACAGAUUUCACCUACCUGUUUUAACAUCUUUUGCGUGUAUUAAAUGUAUUUUAGUUGUAACAGAUGUAAUAAAACUAGUAGUUAGCUGUGGAAUUGUGGAUUUCAGCAGACACCAGAUCACAAAGGUGUUUUCGGACGAUGUUUCUUCUUCCGUGUCUAUUGAUUUGGAUAAACGCAGUGUUCGUAGCAGAAUCAUUGUGUCCAAAUGAUGGUACUCCGGUUGUGAACCUGUGUGAUUUCAACUACUAUUUCGGCAAUGACGUCUACCUCGAUGGACGGCUCAUGCAGAGUUACGCUCGAGACUGCACAUGCACCAUUACUCCGACCGUCAACCAGUCGAUGACCUAUUCCUCGACAUUUCCACAGGCAGGAAGUGUGCAGUGCGACAACGCAACAUUCAGUAUCAGUACUGGGGUGACAUCAUCCAUGACAUGGAACUGCACCAACGACGGCUUCUCUCAGACACUCGCUGCCAUCAGCACAACCUCCCCGUGGAAAAUAAGAUUGACAAAAACCACUUCCGGUUUGAAACUGACAGAAGAUAUUGACACCGGGUAUUGUCUGAAAGUUUCCACAACUACUGCAAAAUUCACCAUGAGCUGCGUGUUGGGGACGAAUACCACUGUGGACGUAGACGAAUGUGAACAGGACUCAGACAACUGUGACGUCAACGCGUUGUGCACCAACACAUUCGGAUCCUUUACCUGUACCUGUAAGGCUGGGUUCUCGGGAAAUGGUACAACCUGUACAGACGAUGAUGAAUGUUCUGCUGGAACUCACAUUUGUCCACCUGUGGCAGACUGUAUCAACUUGGACGGAACAUACACGUGCAGAUGCAAAACUGGAUAUAGCGGAAUGGGGUUUAUUUGUCAAGAUGUUGAUGAAUGCGGUACUGGAACACACAACUGUAGUAGUAAUGCUGUUUGUACCAACACUAAAGGGUCGUAUGACUGUAAGUGUAACUCGGGAUACACUGGUGAUGGAUUCAGCUGUGCAGACAAUGAUGAAUGCUCUGCUGGAACUCACAUUUGUCCACCUGAGGCAGACUGUAUCAACUAUCCUGGAGGUUACUCUUGUGUGUGCAAAACAGGAUACAACGGGACUGGGUUUCUUUGCCGAGAUAUUGACGAAUGCAAAACUGGAAUAGACACCUGUGGCAGUAAUGCUGUUUGUACCAACAAUAAAGGAUCAUACGACUGUAAAUGUAAUCAGGGAUACUCUGGGGAUGGAUUCAACUGUACAGAUAUCGACGAGUGUUUGAUUGUCACACACCAGUGUGAUGCUCACGCUGACUGUAAAAACUCAGUCGGGUCAUACAGCUGUUCUUGUCAAACAGGAUACACAGGAGAUGGCUUUAACUGUACUCUCACGGAUGUUGAUGAAUGUUCUGCUGGAACUAACAUUUGUCCUACUGAGGCAGACUGUAUCAACUAUCCUGGAGGUUACUCUUGUGUGUGCAAAACAGGAUACAACGGGACUGGGUUUCUUUGCAAAGAUAUUGACGAAUGCAAAACUGGAAUAGACAGCUGCGGUAGUAAUGCUGUUUGUACCAACAAUAAAGGAUCAUACGACUGUAAAUGUAACCAGGGCUACUCUGGAGAUGGAUUCAACUGUACAGAUAUCGACGAGUGUUUGAUUGUCACACACCAGUGUGAUGCUCACGCUGACUGUAAAAACUCAGUCGGGUCAUACAGCUGUUCUUGUCAAACAGGAUACACAGGAGAUGGCUUUAACUGUACUCUCACGGAUGUUGAUGAAUGUUCUGCUGGAACUAACAUUUGUCCUACUGAGGCAGACUGUAUCAACUAUCCUGGAGCUUACACUUGUGUAUGCAAAACAGGAUACACCGGGACUGGGUUUCUUUGUCAAGAUGUUGAUGAAUGCAAUAUUGGAAAACACAACUGUAGUAGUAAUGCUGUUUGUACCAACACUAAAGGAUCUUACGACUGUGAUUGUAUUUCGGGAUACACUGGUGAUGGAUUCAACUGUACAGAUGACAAUGACUGUACAGUAGCAACGCCCAAUUGCACUAACAAUGGAUCUAACGGGUGCACGUGUCAAUCCGGAUACACCUGUAUAGAUUUCGACGAAUGCUCUUCUGGUAAUCAUAUCUGCUCAAAGAAUGCGGACUGUAUCAACCUGUUCGGAACAUACACGUGCAGAUGUCGACGUGGAUUUAAUGGCACUGGCUUUCUUUGUGAAGAUGUGGACGAAUGUGAUUCAGGAUUGCACAGUUGUGACGCUAAUAGUAGUUGCUCCAACACCAUCAGUUCCUACGAGUGUCGGUGUGCGUUGGGAUUCUCCGGAGAUGGUUUCAUAUGUACAGAUUUUAAUGAAUGCACAUCUGGUAAACACACCUGUGAUAUUAAUGCAGAUUGCACCAACACUGAUGGAUCAUAUGUUUGUCAGUGUAGACCAGGAUACACUGGCAGUGGAUUCAAUUGUACAGAUGUCGACGAAUGCUCUGCUGGUGUUUCCAAUUGUUCACAAGAUGCGGACUGUUUCAACACCCCGUCAUCACACGCCUGUCGGUGCCGAUUGGGGUACACUGGCGAUGGAUUUCUUUGUGCAGAUAUUAAUGAGUGUAUCCUGGGAACUCACACCUGUAAUACUAAUGCUGACUGUAACAACACUGUUGGAUCCUACACGUGUCAGUGUAGAUCUGGAUACACCGGCGAUGGAUUCAACUGUACAGAUGGCGACGAAUGUACUGCUGGUAAUGACACUUGUUCUAUUGAGGCGGACUGUAUCAACGUACCAGGAUCAUACAACUGUACAUGUAAAUCUGGAUAUAAUGGAACCGGGUUCGUUUGUCAAGAUGUUAAUGAGUGCACACUGGGAACACACACCUGUGAUACUGAUGCUGACUGUAACAACACUGCUGGAUCCUACACGUGUGAAUGUAGAUCUGGAUACACCGGCGAUGGUUUCAACUGUACAGAUGUCGACGAAUGUACUGCUGAUAAUGACACUUGUUCUACUGAGGCGGACUGUAUCAAUGUACCAGGAUCAUACAACUGUACAUGUAAAACGGGAUAUAAUGGAACCGGGUUCCUUUGUCAAGAUGUUAAUGAGUGUACAUCUGGAUCAGACACCUGUGAUACUAAUGCUGACUGUAACAACACUGUCGGAUCCUACAUGUGUUAUUGCAAGUCUGGAUACACCGGCGAUGGAUUCAACUGUACAGAUUUCGAUGAAUGCGCUGAUGAUUUCCACAAUUGUUCAGCAGAUUCGGACUGUUUUAACGUACCUGGAUCAUACUAUUGUAACUGCACAUCAGGGUACACUGGGGAUGGCUUUCUGUGUCAAGAUAUUAAUGAAUGCACACUGGGAACACACGUCUGUAGUAGUGAAGCCAACUGCACCAACAUUGAAGGAUCUUACGAGUGCAGGUGUAAAUCGGGAUACACUGGCGACGGUUUCAACUGUACAGAUUUUGAUGAAUGCACAUCAGAGUCACACAGAUGUGGUAUCAAUGCGGACUGCAAUAACUCUGUAGGGUCUCACCAGUGUACAUGUAAAUCAGGUUUCACGGGCGAUGGAUUCACCUGUACAGAUAUCGACGAAUGCUCUAGUGGUGCAUACAAUUGUUCAGCUGAGACAGAGUGUAAAAAUGUGCCUGGAUCAUACAUCUGCAUCUAUCGCAAUGGGACUGGAUUUCGUUGUGAAGAUGUUAAUGAGUGUACAACUGGACAACACACCUGUAAUACCAAUGCUGACUGUAACAACACUGUCGGAUCCUACACGUGUAAGUGUGUAUCUGGAUACACCGGCGAUGGAUUUAACUGUACAGAUGUGGAUGAAUGUUCUGAUGUCACUUAUAAUUGCCCAGCAGAAGCAAGUUGUGAAAACCAACCUGGAUCCUACAUUUGCAAAUGUCCAACUGGAUAUAUCUGGAUUGGGUUACGUUGCCAUGAUGCUAAUGAGUGUGUACGUGGAACCCACAACUGUGAUAGCAAUGCUGCCUGUAAAAAUACUGUAGGUUCUUACGAGUGCCGUUGUGAAGCUGGAUUCACUGGCGAUGGGUUCACCUGUACAGAUGUCGACGAAUGCUCUGCACCGGUUGCUGUCUGUCCACCCGAGGCCGACUGUAUCAACAUGCCUGGGUCCUACGACUGUAGGUGUCCAGCAGGAUAUGCUGAGAAUGGACCUCUUUGUCAAGAUAUUAACGAGUGUUACGUGGGGUCGCACGAUUGUGAUACCAAUGCCGACUGUACCAACACUGUAGGAUCUUACGACUGCAAGUGUAAAUCUGGGUUCACUGGAGACGGGUUGACUUGUACAGAUAUCGACGAAUGUUUGAAUGGUUCACACCAGUGCCAUGCCAAGGCGGAGUGUAAAAACACAGCUGGUUCAUACAGGUGUUCUUGUCAACUACAUUACAAAGGAGAUGGAUUUAACUGCAGUUGGACAGAUAUUAAUGAGUGCGCAUUGGGACUCGACACAUGCGAUGUUAAUGCUGAAUGUUCCAACACGAAUGGGUCGUACGUGUGUCAGUGUAGGAAAGGAUUCACUGGCGAUGGUUUCAGCUGCUCAGAUGUCAACGAAUGUUCUACUGGUAGUUCCGCCUGUUCGCCAGACGCGGACUGUAUCAACCAGCCAGGAUCGUAUGACUGCAGAUGUCAAGAUGGGUACAUUGGAACUGGGUUCCUUUGUCAAGAUGUCAAUGAAUGUUUGUUGGGACAACACCGUUGUACGAUUAAUGCUGACUGCAUCAACACUAAAGGCUCUUACACGUGUAGGUGUAAACCUGGAUACACCGGCGACGGACUCACCUGUACAGAUGUUGAUGAGUGUGUAUUGAGGACACACAGCUGUGAUAGUAAUGCUGACUGCACUAACACCAUCGGCUCUUACGACUGUAAGUGUAAUUCGGGAUACACUGGUGAUGGAUUCAUCUGUUUAGAUACUGACGAGUGCAGACUGGGAUUGCACCGCUGUGAUAGUAAGGCCUACUGUAUCAACACCGGAGGAUCUUACCAUUGUCGGUGUAAAUCGUGUUCAUUCAUCGGAGACGGAUUUACCUGCACAGGUCAAAUAAAUAUUUCAUUAUACACGAUUACAUAUUUUAAUAACAUGCUUGUAUUGAAAAAAAACAUUAGUUUUCAGGUAGUCAUAUUUUGAAUGCAUGUUACUAUUCGUCAUUGAAUAUUAGUAGCAUGUUGUCAUAUUUUGAUUGCAUGCUUAUGUCAAACCUUAGAUGCUGUCAUAUUUUGAUUGCAUGAUUAUAUCGAACAUUAGUCAAAAAUAAAAAAUAACAUUAGUUAGAAAUAAAAUAGCAUGCUGUCAUAUUUUGACUCCAUGCCUAUAUGGAACAUUAGUCAGAAAUAAAAAAUAACAUUAGUUAGAAAUACAAAUAGCAUGCUGUCAUAUAUUGAUUGCAUGCUUAUGUCAAACAUUAGAUGCUGUCUUAUUUUGAUUGCAUGCUUAUAUGGAACAUUAGUCACUCAAAAAUAACAUUAGCUAUAAAUACAAUAGCAUGCUGUCAUAUUUUGAUUGCAUGCUUCUGUCAAACAUUAAAUGCUGUCAUACUUUGAUUGCAUGAUUAUAUCGAAAAUUAGUCCAAAAUAAAAAAUAACAUUAGUUAGAAAUACAAAUAGCAUGCUGUCAUAUUUUGAUUGCAUGCUUAUAUGGAACAUUAGUGAGAAAUAAAAAAUAACAUUAGUUAGAAAUACAAAUAGCAUGCUGUCAUAUUUUGAUUGCAUGCUUAUGUCAAACAUUACAAGCUUUCAUAUUUUGAUUGCAUGAUUAUAUCGAACAUUAGUCAAAAAUACAAAAUAACAUUAGUUAGAAAUAAAAUAGCAUGCUGUCAUAUUUGAUUGCAUGCUUAUAUGGAACAUUAGUCACACAAAAAAUAACAUUAGCUAGAAAUAAAAUAGCAUGCUGUCAUAUUUGAUUGCAUGCUUAUAUGGAAAAUUAGUGAGAACUAAAAAAUAGCAUUAGUUAGAAAUACAAAUAGCAUGCUGUCAUAUUUUGAUCGCAUGCUCAUGUCAAAUAUUAGAUGUUGUCAUAUUUUGAUUGCAUUCUUAUAUCAUUAGUUAGAAAUAAAAAAAUAACAUUAGUUAAAAAUAAAAAUAGCAUGCUGUCAUAUUUUGAUUGCAUGCAUGUAUCGAACGUUAGUUUGAACUAAAAACGGAUGUUGUCAUAAUUUGAUUGCAGGCUUGUACCAAACAUUAAUUAGAAACAAAAGUGAUAUUAUAUUUUGAGCACAUGCUUGUUUCAAAUAUUACCUAGAAAUAAAACUAGUUUGCUGUCAUGAUUUGAUUGCAAGCUCAAAUAUUAGGCAUAAAUAAAUAUUUUGAUAGCAUGGUUGUAUUGAACAUUAGCUAGAGAAUACAAAUAGCACACUGUCAUAUUCCGAUAGCAUCGUUGUAUCGAAUCUGAAGGACAAAACCGUAAUACAUGAUCAAGGUUGUAUAUCUGUACAGUGCAAAGUCGAAUGGGUAUUAAUUUCAAAUAAAUAUAGCAUGUUGUCAUAUAUUGACGGCAUGCUUGUAUCGAAACUUUUGCACACAUACAAUCUUGAUAGCUGAUAAGAGUUUUGUCGUUCAGAUUUACUAAUAAAUAUAUCAUGCUGUCAUAUUUUGAUUGUGUGCUUGUAACAAACACUUAUAAAAAGUAUCAUGUGUCAUAUUUUGAUUGCAUGCUUCUGUAGAACAUUAAGUAGAAAUUACGCUAUGUUGUUAUAUUUACGUUUGUAUCAAACAUUAGUUUGAAAAACAUAACAUCAGUUAAACAUAAAACUAUCAUGCUAUCAUAUUCUGAUUGCACGUUUGUAUCAAACAUUAAUAUGAAACACAAAUACAUUGCUGUUAUAAUUGAUGGCAAAGAUGUAUCAAAUAUUAGAAGUAAAUACUUUGAUUGCAUGCUUAUAACGUACACUGCUUAUAUGUUGAUUGCAGGUUGUAUCGUGUUGUUUUCAUAUUUUGAUCGCGUGUCCAGCAUUACCUAGAAACACAAAUAGCAUGCUGUCAUAAUUUGAUUGUAGGCCUGUAUCAAUCAUUAGAAAUCAAUACAUAUGUGUAUAGCAUGACUGCAUCGAACAUUAGUUAGAUAUACAUAUAGUAUGCGAUCAUAAUUUGAUUGUAGGCCUGUAUCAAUCAUUAGAAAUCAAUACAUAUAUGUAUAGCAUGACUGCAUCGAACAUUAGUUAGAUAUACAUAUAGCAUGCGGUCAUACUUUGAUUGUAGGCCUGUAUCAAUCAUUAGAAAUCAAUACAUAUGUGUACAGCAUGACUGCAUCGAACAUUAGUUAGAUAUACAUAUAGCAUGCGGUCAUAUUUUGAUGGCACGCUUUUAUCGAAUAUUAAUUACAAAUAAAUAUAGCAUGCUGUCAUAAUUUGAUGGCAUGCUUGUAUCUAUCAUUAGUUAGAUAUAAAAAUUGCAUGCUGUCAUAUUUUGACGGCAUACAUGUACCAAACAUUAGUUACAAGAAACAGCAUGCUGGCAAUUAAUUGCUAAUUGAAAAUAGUAUACCGUGUGGUAAAAACGGGUUUGUUGUUGCCUUAAACGCGUUCGAACAAAGCAUUUCUCUCAGUUAAGAACGAGAAGCAGAAAUAUUCAUGUAUGUCUUGUGCACAACGAAACGCAAUGAAGAGAGACCUGGAUGGAGAAGACCGCAACUAAUACCAGGGAGAGGUAACAUAGAAUAGUAUACCCGGAGCAAUUGAACGCAUUCUUAAGAGAUACUUUCAUGUAUUAUUAUCAUAAUGCGUUAGUUAAAAUACUAGUAUAAUGUUUUUUGUGUUGUUAGCCUUGUAUGUAGUUGUUGAUUUUUUGUUGUUGUUUGUCUAGUGUGUCGUGGGUGUUGUAGUAUUGUUUGUUUUUGGUGUUGUUCUUGUUUUGUUUUAAAGAUAAUAUAAUGCACUACAUUUAUCAUCGUUUUAAUGAAAUAUGAUUUCAACCAAUUUUAAUAUUUAAAAAAGACAAUCUCAUAGCAGCAUAACGUGAUGCAUUAAAGUGAAUGUGCUAUUUGUGUGUUUUAUUUGUAUGACUGCAUUUAAAUGUUGUUUAAAAUAGUGGAAUAUGAACGAAAGACUAAAUAAAGUAAUUGUAAUGUAAUGCUGCUGUAUGAACGUGAUAGACAAGACUGCUGUUGUUGAAGGACGAUUCAUUACUAUGAUGCUGUUGUGCGGUAAUGUGCCUAAUGUUUAUCAUUUUUAACUUGCUAAGCUCUAAUAUUUGCAGAUUAGUUAAUCUUAAUGAAGCAGUGUUAUUGGCUAUGACAGUGUCUACUGGUUUGGAUACACUGAUUGGAAGAAUUUAGGGCCUAUACCGGUAGUUCAUCUUGCAUUAAACUGAAUGGAAUGGAGGCAUUAAACUGAAUGGAAUGGACACAUUACACUGAAUGGAAUGGACUCUAUACCUGACUUCCUGCAGCAUAUUACUUACUGGACCCAUCGCGGAACUGGCGAACAUCCCUACGAAGUUUCGAUUCAUUUGCAGAUUGGUAUUAAACAGAGACACCACUAUUGAGAGAAUAGUGACGCGAGACGGACAUUACCUAUGACGUCAUUACGUAUGGAAUACGUCAAUGUUACAAUAUUACGUGACUUAGUUUGCCUUGCACAAUGGAACUACUUCAGUGUUUCUAAACAUGACGUCCUAUUCCACGAAUAUUGCAUAACGAUGUUUAGAUAUGUCAAAGCUUGGACAUAUCAACGUAUGGAUACAUAUGAAUCUCAAGCACAUGUUUGAACAAAAUGACAAAAUGACUUAAAUAAACCAGUGCAAGGUACACGAAAAACCUUCAAGUACAUAGGCUACACAAAUUCACAAAUCGUGAAAUAAUAAUAUGCAAUAAACACUGGAAAAAAUGCUAACCAUUUCAAAGAGAAAGUAGAAAUCGGAGGUUUUCUUCCCGUUUCACAUAUUCAUGUGUGCCGUUAACACAGACGGACGGUGUGGAAUAAAAGUGUAAACAUAAUGGAUAACCAAACGGCGUGAUGUAGUCUUUGGAAGAUGUCAGUAAGUGGUUGAAUAACCAAACGGCGUGAUGUAGUCUUGGAAGAUGUCAAUAACUGUUUGGACUGCUAUGAAUUAGUUCCUCAGCUGUGAACAGUGAAUAAUCUUAAUCUGCAGACAUUCAAGCGAGAAACAUAUUUGGUGUCACAGUCGAAGCACCUAGAUCGUUUUCUCCCGCAUGUUGCAGUUAUAAUCAGAAUGUGGCAGUUAAUAUUGCUCAAUCAUCUCGCAGGGUUAAAAGCAAGAAAACAAACAUGUAGUCCUCAACUGACUCAGAUUCUGAAUAAAAGUUAAAUCAUACCAUUUUGCACAGAUGGCUUUUUAAACAAUAUUAUUAUGCAAACGAUGUUGUUUAACAGAUUGAUUGUUGUUUGUUCCUAUCAAUACAUUUAUGAAUUUAACACAAAUUGCAUACAUCAAUUACUGAUUUAUUGUUAUUGUUAUCUUUCUACUAAAGCCUAAGCACAAUAUAUCAGACCCGUAGGAACGAUAUUUGGUAGGGGAGGGCACAAUCUCUAAUGAGAGGGCCACUAUAUGUAAUUUGUUUGGCACAAGCCACAUUUGUAACUAUGUUGAUAUAGAGUAGGGCAAAGAAAACUACAUUUUCUUUCUCAAUUGGGGGCACUGCUUGCCCCGGUUCAUAUUGGCCUGUAUAUGAAAUACCAGAUGUAAUUAACUGAAGGUGAAUCUGGAAGCGUGAGUGGAACAUGUAAAAAAUUUCUAAAUUGUUCGAUGGAGAAAAAAUAGGAGCCUAUAUAAUUUCCCAUUUUAUAAUCUUAGUAUUUUGAGUUAUGAACGAACUUACUUCCGGAAGAUGGGACUAGAUGCUUACCUAAUUGAAAUACAAAACUGUUAUCGCCGUGAUCGCCAUAUAUCUACACAAUGUAUACUUGAAGAAGGCACAGGCCUGUCUACUUGAGGACGAUAUUGUACAGGUGUUUUGUCCUAAUAGAGAUCAUGUACCACACUUGAAAUAUAAUUCUUACGGGUCUGUGAAGAAACGUG